AUGGCGCUGAUGGAGACUCUGACCGGAGGGUCUGUCAAUAUGACGCUACUUGUUGACCUGGUGAAAGUCCUGGCGCCGGUUUGGCUUGUGCUCUAUUUCAUUGUUUACCAACGCCCCGAAGAACCAAGAUUUUUAUCGUUGCCUGUUGUCGGUGUCCGUAAACAAUGGGCGGCUUGGGCAUGGGCAACAAUACGCUCAUACCGCAGCACAAAGGACUGGGCACUUGAAGGCUACGCUAAGUAUGCCAAAAAUGGACAACCUUUCGUCAUUCAAAGUCUGGAUCGAGGCCCGCUCACUCUGAUUCCGCCGCAAGAAGUGAAGAAUAUGUAUACACUUCCUGAAUCGGUCCUGGAUAUUCGUGCCACACAACAAGAAACCAAUCAGACAAGAUGGGUAGCAUGGGACAAAGAGCCGGCAGAGGAUAAAUUCGUGUUUGACGUUGUCCGUCUGCAAGUGACCCGGAAUAUGAAGCUUCUCACUCCGCGUAUUGCCACUGAAAUCGAGAUGGGCUUUGAGCAAUGGUGGGGUCUCGAAACGGCGUGGAAAGAAGUUAAAUUAUGGGAUACAUGCUGGAUGAUUGUCACAGGCGCCGUGAAUAGCGCUCUUUGCGGUGCCCCUCUUUGCCGGAAUGCUAAAUUCCUGAAAGGUUGUCAGGACCACUCGGUGGUUAUAAUGGCAGGCGCUAUGAUCAUCAAUGCUUGUCCCAGGUUGCUACAGCCGAUCGCAGGAGGCCUUGUUUGGCUCGCGUGUGGAUAUUUUUUUAGCAGGACAUUGAAGAUAUGUUCGCCGCUGAUCAAAGAUAGGCUGGAGAAGACGGCAAAACUAAAAGCAGACCCCUCAUUCGACUGGACACCUCCCAAAGAUGCGCUUCAAUGGGUGAUCGAGGAAUGCUAUGACAAUGGCAACCUCAAACAGCUAACCCUCAACAAUAUCGGAUUCCGCUUGCUGCUACUGAACGACGUCUCGAUACCUUCGACUUCUUUUUCCGUACAGAGCUUGAUAUUGGAUUUGUUUGCGACAGAUCCUUCACUUGGUUUUGUGGAGACACUGCGUAAAGAAAGCGAGACGGUGUAUGAAGAAGCUGGACGGGAAUGGACGUAUGAAGCCGUGAAAAAGCUUAAACUUGUGGAGUCUGCGAUUCGCGAGUCGAUGAGGAUUUCACCCUUAGGCAGUGUUGCGUUGCCUCGAACGGUUGUGCAUCGCGACGGUAUCUCGCUUUCAAAAUCUAAACUUCCUCAUGGGGCGGUCGUUGCUGUUCCCAUCGAGCCGAUCCACUUUGACGAGGGUAUUUAUCCGGGCGCCAACAGUUUCAAUGCCUUCCGUUUUGCCGACUCAGAAGCUGUCCACGCAAUCAUAGACAAGCUAGCACCGCGAAAAGAUGGUGAGAUGACAGAUGGCGACCGUAAACGGUCGACGAAUCUGGACGAAGCAUUUCUGGGCUUCGGGAUUGGAAAACACACAUGUCCGGGGCGUUUUUUCGCACUCACAGAAAUGAAAAUCUUUCUUGCACAUAUGCUAAUGAAUUAUGAUAUUGAAUAUCUGAAGGAGAAGCCACCGUUGGUGGACUAUGUUUGGUUGAAAGUCCCAUCCAAUAGUGGCACAAUUCGCAUUCGACGGCGCGCCAAGGCUGGAUCUGGAUAA